CUGUUAAAAUUACCAGAAAUGAUCCUUUCUUCUGCCAUCCUUUAAAAAACACAAAUAGAGAGAGAAAAAGCAAGAAUCUAUGGGAACACAGUGGAAUUCAUAUCCGUUGGAAAUCAUAUACCAGACUUUCGGAUGGAUCGCUUUCUUCUCUUGGUCUAUCAGUUUCUAUCCCCAACUUAUCCUCAAUUUCCGCCGUAAAAGUGUUGUGGGGUUGAAUUUUGAUUUUGUGGUGCUGAAUUUGACGAAGCAUAGUACGUAUCUCAUAUACAACGCGACACUUUACUUCAGCUCAGUUGUUCAGAGGCAGUACCGCGACAAGUAUGGCAUUGGCGAGAUGAUUCCUGUCGCUGCAAAUGAUGUUGCAUUCUCCAUACAUGCUGUUAUUUUAACAGCAUUUACUUUGUUCCAGAUCUGUAUCUAUGAACGUGGAAACCAAAAGUUCUCGAAGAUUUCCUUCUUACUUGUUUUUGCUGCAUGGGGUGCUGCUGCAGUAUGUGUUCUUAUUGCCUUGCCAAGCCAUUCUUGGCUUUGGCUGAUCACUGUCUUCAACACUAUUCAAGUGACCAUGACAGUCAUUAAAUAUAUUCCCCAGGCAUUUAUGAACUUUUACAGGAAAAGCACAGAAGGAUUUAGCAUAGCGAACAUUUUACUCGAUUUUCUUGGAGGAGUGACGAACUAUGCACAAAUGGCUACACAGUCUAUUGAUCAAGGUUCUUGGGUGAAUUUCUAUGGAAAUAUAGGGAAGACCUUACUAUCUCUUGUGUCUAUCUUCUUUGAUCUUUUGUUCAUGUUACAACACUAUGUGCUAUAUCGUAGCAAGCCAAUAUGUCAUCCUCUUAAGCUUGAUGAGGCAAACAAGGAGCCACUGUUGAAAACCUCUGAUCCAGCAACGUCAGACCUUCCGUAAAGCAUGACCUUGGAGGAUUUUAGUCUGAUCAACCCAAUUAUUGAGUAUUUUAAACAUGGGCUUCGGCAAUUGAUUUUAGAGAAACUCCUGCAUCUCUAGCACAGAACUCUUUCUUUAAAAUGAAAUGGACGAAGAUACACCCCACUAUACCUGCAAUUAAUUUAGCGAGUGAACGCUCCACUAUACCAGCAAUUCUGCAAGAAUGUUCUCAAAGAUAAGACUAUUGGUCAUCAAAUUUAUAGGAACAGAAGACAAGUUUGUACAUAUGAUAUCUUUUCAUUUUUACCAUCUGGAAAUGAUAGAUGUUUCUUUAUUUC